AUGAAGCCUGUUUCCACCAGGUUGAGGGCGCAGCGCCGGCUGAAAUACUACCUGAUAGCCAUCGUUGCGGUUCUACUCAUUUUCACUUAUUUCACGACCGAUGCCGCCGGGGGAGUCCAGAAACGGCCCUUUUACCAGUCCACUGUGAAGGCGAUGGAUAAUGCCAGGGCCGCAGCAAUCAAGAAGAACAAUGACGCCAAGGACCGCUCUCACAUACAGAAGCUCGACGACAUUGAAAAGGCCACUGGGAAACAGAGCAAUCUGCGCGAAAAACAAGACACGGCCAAUCGCGGCAAGGCCGAAGACCUCGAGGAAAUCUCUAUUGCGGGCAGAGCCAAGAUGCAAGUGCCGAAGCUGAAGAAUGAAGGAGAGCAGGCCCCAAUUGUUAAGCAAGCACCGGCAGCAGCAGAGGUAGCGGAAACCGAAGAAGACCCGGGCCUGGAGAAAGAAGCACAAGAGGCCAGCAUGGAACUGGAUUCCAUCUUGAAGCGGUCGCCAAUUAUCAUAUUCUCAAAGACGUAUUGUCCUUACAGCAAGAAAGCGAAGAGAGUCCUCCUUGACCGCUACUCUAUUGUCCCUGCCCCUUACGUUGUCGAACUCGACAUCCACCCUCAGGGAUACCAUAUCCAGCAGCUUCUAGGUGAUAUCACCAGUCGCCGCACCGUUCCAAACGUCCUCGUCAAUGGCCUAAGCAUUGGUGGAGGAGACGACAUUGUGGCUCUUGACCAGCAGGAUGAGCUUGCCUCCAAGAUCAAGUCAAUGGCUGGCCAACGCAGAGGCAAGAUGCGGUACAUUCACUCCGAGGAGCUGCUUCCAAUCCCUGAGAAUGUGUCCAUCAGCAUUCGCGCCAGGGUCAUAACCGUCGAGGGUCCCCGAGGCAAGCUGACCAAGGACCUUUCGCACAUUGCUGUCACCUUUGGCCGUCCCAACAAGAGCACCAUCUCCAUCGAGCUCCACCAUGGCAUUCGCAAGGGCGUUGCUACCCUCCGUACUGUCCGUACCCUCAUCAACAACCUGAUCAUUGGUGUUACCCGCGGUUUCCUGUACAAGAUGCGCUACGUCUACGCUCACUUUCCCAUCAACGUCAACAUUGAGAAGAACUCGGAGACCGAUCUGUACGAAGUCGAGAUCCGAAACUUCCUUGGCGAGAAGAUCGUGCGCCGUAUUACCGCCCAGCCUGGUGUUGAGAUCAUCACCUCGCCCAACGUCAAGGAUGAGCUUCAACUGUCCGGAAACUCCCUGGAGAACGUCUCCCAGAGUGCCGCCGACAUUCAGCAGAUCUGCAGAGUCCGCAACAAGGAUAUCCGAAAGUUCCUUGACGGUCUUUACGUGUCCGAGCGAACCAACAUUGUUGUCGAAUAG